AUGCCUUCGAAGAAGGUUAUCAAGAAGAAGGUUGCCGCUCCUCCAGCACAACUUCGUGCUGCUGCCGUUCAAAAGGAGGUGAAGAAUCCUCUUUUUGAGAAGCGCACAAGGAACUUCAACAUUGGAUGCGAUAUCCAACCUAAACGUGAUGUAACCCGCUUUGUGAAGUGGCCGAAGUAUAUCCGCCUCCAACGUCAAAAGGCUGUGCUGCAGAAACGUCUGAAGAUCCCUCCACCAGUGAAUCAAUUCAGAACAGCUGUAGACAAACAAACAUCGUCUCAACUCUUCAACCUUCUCAACAAGUAUCGUCCUGAGUCCAAGGAACAGAAGAAGGAACGUUUGCGUGCGCGUGCUGAAGCUCGUGCUGCUGGAAAAACUGAGGAAAUAACGAAACGUCCCCCAACUGUCCGUCACGGCGUGAACACUAUCACUCGCCUAGUUGAGACUCGCAAGGCGCAACUUGUUCUUGUGGCUCAUGAUGUCGAUCCUAUCGAGAUUGUGUUGUUCCUGCCAGCAUUAUGCCGCAAGUUCAACGUACCGUACGCCAUUGUAAGAGGAAAGGCCGCUCUAGGAACUGUUGUUAGAAGAAAGACCACAUCUGCGCUCGCUAUCGUCGAUGUCAACCCUGAAGAUAGAUCUGCUCUAUCAAAGCUUGUUGAGACCGUAACAACCAACUUCAAUGAGAGAGGGGAGGAGAUUCGAAAGCACUGGGGAGGAGGAAUUAUGUCGGCGAGGUCUGAGGCUAAGAAGCUCAAGAUCGAGAAGGCUCGCGCCAAGGAUCUUGGAAUCCGAUCGUGA